AUGCGGCCCAGCAGCGGUGGCGGGUCGGUGCAGCGGGGGCUGGCACUGGCCAAACUGAAGCAGGAUGUGCUGCGGCGGCAGCAGCAGCUGCGCUCAAGCUAUCAGCCCCUGGCAGCAACACAGCAGCAGCAGGAGCAGCAGCAGGAGCAGCAGCAGCAGGAGCAGGAGGAGGAGCAGGAGCAGGAGCAGGAGCAGGAGCAGACAGGUCAAAAUGGGGAGGAGGAGCGGCAGCAGCAGCAGCGGCGGCGGCAGCAGCAGCAGCGAGCAGCAGGGCUCAUGCAGCCCUGCCCGCAGUCAGCAGCUUCUGUCACGCCGCGCCGUCAAGCAUGGCCCGCAGCGGUGCAAGCGGAGCCAGCACCCGAGGGACCGCCGCCCGCCGCCGGCCCGGCGCCAAGCGAGCAGCAGGCACAAGAGCAGCAGGGAGGCGAGGCGGGGCGCCAGCCCAAGGCGUUCCUGAAGCGCCGCACCAAGACCGUCGUGGGCAGCCGGGUUGACUGGUCAAACGUGCAGUCGCGCACUACCUGCCGUCUUGACGACACCUUCAUCCCCAUCAAGCCGUCCGCUGGGCGGCGCAGCAGCUGCGGUGGAAGCGGCGGCGGCGGCGGCCGCGAUUGCGGCGGCGACCGCAGCGGGAGCGGUACGACAGCUCAGGGCCGGCAAAUGCAAGGCACCGGCCGGCAGCAUGCAUGGCGCGCCUCUGGGCUGGGCUACGCUGUUGAUUACCACGGCACGAGUCCCUACGGACACCACCAGGUGCACAGCGGCAGCGGCGGGACGCCCCGUGCGGUUGGUGGCGGCGGCGCCCCCACGGGCCCAAGUGGCGCGACGCCCCGCGGCAGCCACAGCGGUGGCGGCCCGUUCGGCCCUGGCGGAGGGACGCCUCGUGGCAGCCGUGGUGCUUCGGCGCCGGCGCGCUCGCAGUUCAGCGCGGCCACCGCGGCCUUAGCUGCCGCAGCCACGCCGCCGGCCCCGCCGCGCAGCUCCGGAGGCGGCGGCGGCGGGAGCAGGGGCGCGCCCGCCCGCGUCGCGGCCCCUGGCGGCAGCGGCGGCGGCGGGGACGUGGGCGCGCAGCUGCCGCCGCGGGAGUCCCCGCUUGAUGACAUCCUCAGCCACGUGUCGUCCCUGCUGCAUGACUUUGACAGGAUGUUUGCCGGCGGCAGUGGGUCCGGGACCUGCGGUGGGCCUGGCGUGCGGCCGUGA